AUGCUUCAUUCAUUGGAGGACUACAUUGAACAGUUGGAAGACCGCGUUGCUGAUUGCAGUCAGGAAAAUCAGGAACUUAAAGCCCAAGUAGAGUUACUCACUCGUCAACAUCAAUCGGUUCUGUCACAGCUACGGAAGCUUCAGGCAGCCCUUGGCCAGAGUACUCGUCGUGGAGCCCAGGCUGGUACAUGUUUAGCGGUUUUGCUGCUUUCCGUGUGUUUGUUGGUUGCACCACAUCUGAACCCUUUGAUAAUUCCUUUUAAGCAGUCGAAGCAGAGGUCAAUCGAAUCCGAAGAGGCUUCGCGAGCGGCCGCCCGUCAACCACAUAACCUCAGCCUACAAGAGGUGUCAAGGCGAGCUCCUUCACAAGGUACAGCUCGCUCACGAACCCUUAUGGAGUACGUGUCCAAAGGAGGCGGCCAAUGUCCUCAAGUGCCAGAGGCACCAAUCCCUGAUGAGCCAACUAUGGCUGUAGCGAAGCCUAUAGGCUCAGAAGGGGCUGCGCAAGCCCGUUUUCGAGGAGUUGGUUCGAAGACAACGGGAUCCGGUACCGGAUCGGGUGGAAUAAAUUUGCUACCGGUGAGUCAAUUGGAAUUCGAGAUUACCUUGAAAACUUGA